ACAUUUAUUGGAUGCCAACCACCGUUAAACCUCAACGAAGAAGAAGGAGUGUUUCCGUGAAGAUGGCUGUCGGUGCCUUCCCCAUCGCCAAGCUCCUCUACCUCGGUGUACGGCAGCUCAGCAAGCCCGUAGCCAACAAGCUCAAGGCCGGGGCUCUCCGGAGCGAGUUCUUUAAGACAUAUGUUUGUCUUCCACCGGGACAGAUUUACCACUGGGUGGAGAUGAGGACCAAGAUGAGGAUCAUGGGAUUCCGGGGUUCCACCAUCAAGCCCCUGAACGAAGAGGCGGCAGCAGAGCUGGGUGCAGAGCUGCUAGGGGAGGCCAUCAUCUUCAUCAUCGGAGGGGGGUGUAUGAUCCUAGAGUACAGUAGACAGGCGGCCAACUCUAAGAGGAAGGAAGAAGAGCUGAGUCACACCAUUGGCAGUCUGCAGACACAGAUAGGAGAGCUGACCUUGAACACAGAGACACUGGAUGCCAGGCUAAGGGAGGUCAACAGGCUGCUGCUCUCCUUACCACCUCCUGUUACCACGCAGGUUCCUGUUUCGGAUCCUGCUACCACUCUGGCUUCCUCUUCUGUGGAUCCCAGUCAAAAGUGAUACCUGUGUAAUUUCAGAAUUAGCCUGAUGGUCGUCAGAUCUGUUUGUCUUCAGCCAAAUUCUCGCUCAUGUCAUAACUAACCUUUUCAUAUCUGUCUCUCUCUCUCUCUCAAUGUAGUGUUGUCAGACGAGACUAAAGGACUCUAUACACACACACACACACCACAACACAACACAACACAACACAACACAACACAACACAACACACUCUGCAAACGGAGCGACGGAGAUCCGUUUGUGUCGAUCCCUGCUUACUUUUGUGCGGCUGAAUUUAUGGAGUGGACCGUGUGUGUGUGUGUGU